AUGUCUCAAGUCGAUGCUCAACUACAGGGCGUGAACAUUUCUGGAUCUAUUACCGAUUUCAAUAAGAAGAUCCUCAGUAAAGAUGCUGUUGCAUUCCUUGCUCUCCUUCACAGAUCCUUUAACGGUACCAGGAAAGAACUCCUUCAACGCCGUGUCAUUAGACAAGCAGAACUUGAUAAAGGUUCUCUACCAGAUUUCCUCCCAGAAACAAAACAUAUCCGAGAAAAUGAUGCUUGGAGGGGAGCGCCACCGGCACCGGGACUGAUCGAUCGUAGAGUGGAGAUCACUGGUCCAACUGACAGAAAGAUGAUUGUCAAUGCUUUGAACUCAAAUGUUUGGACAUAUAUGGCAGAUCUUGAAGACUCUAGUGCUCCAACAUGGGAUAAUAUGAUUAAUGGACAAGUGAACCUUCACGAUGCAGUCAGAAGACAAGUCGAUUUCAAGAUAGGAGAGAAGGAAUACAAACUCCGAACCGACCGUACACUCCCCACACUGAUCGUGAGACCCCGAGGCUGGCAUCUCGAGGAGAAACAUUUCACCGUAGAUGGCGAGCCCAUCUCCGGCAGUCUCUUCGAUUUCGGCUUAUACUUUUUCCAUAAUGCCAAAGAGCUCAUCAAGAGUGGUUUUGGUCCAUACUUCUAUCUCCCCAAAUUGGAAUCCCAUCUCGAAGCUCGGUUAUGGAAUGAUGUAUUCAACCUCUCGCAAGAUUUCAUCGCCAUCCCACGGGGAACCAUUCGAGGAACCGUGUUGAUCGAGACGAUCCUUGCUGCAUUUGAAAUGGAUGAGAUUAUCUACGAACUCCGAGAUCACAGCUCUGGUCUCAAUUGUGGACGAUGGGAUUACAUCUUCAGCGUCAUCAAGAAGUUUCGCAACAACUCCCACUUCGUGCUCCCAGAUCGAUCAGCCAUCACCAUGACCGUUCCCUUCAUGGACGCAUACGUCAAGCUCUUGAUCCAAACCUGUCAUCGGAGACAAGUGCACGCCAUGGGAGGCAUGGCCGCCCAAAUCCCCAUCAAGGAUGAUAAAGCCGCCAACGACAAAGCCAUGGAAGGUGUAUACGCGGACAAGCUCCGCGAAGCCAAAGCCGGCCACGAUGGUACAUGGGUUGCUCACCCAGCACUUGCAUCCAUUGCGUCGGAAGUAUUCAACAAACACAUGCCGACGCCCAAUCAAAUGUUCAUCCGUCGCGAAGAUGUCAAGAUUGGUCAAAACAACCUCUUAAAUAUGAAUGUCCCCGGUGCCGUCACCGAAGAAGGUAUUCGCAAGAAUCUCAAUAUCGGACUCGGAUACAUGGAAGGAUGGCUUCGAGGCGUAGGUUGCGUCCCUAUCAAUUAUCUGAUGGAGGAUGCUGCGACAGCCGAAGUCAGUCGUUCUCAAUUAUGGCAAUGGGUUAAACAUGGCGUUAGCACUGCCGAGGGAAAGAAAGUAGAUAAAGCUUACGCAUUGAGAUUACUCAAGGAACAAGCAGAUCAAUUGGCGAGUCAGGGGGCUAAGGGUAAUAAGUAUCAGUUGGCUGCUCAAUAUUUCUCAAGCCAGGUUACUGGGGAGGAUUAUGCGGACUUUUUGACUUCACUUCUUUAUAAUGAAAUUACUGCGGUGGGUCAUUCUUCGCCGGCUUCUAAGUUGUAG